AUUUUGGCUACCAACAUGCCAUCCAGACUGAGGAAAAUCCAGAAACUUAGGGGCCACGUGAGCCACAGCCAUGGCCGCAUUGGCAAGCACAGGAAGAUGGGAGGCUGAGGUAAUGCUGGUGGCUUGCAUCAUCAUAGGAUCAACUUCAACAACUAUCACCCAGGUUACUUUGGGAGAGUUGGUAUGAGGCACUACCACAUAAAGAGGAACCAGAGCUUCUGCCCCACUGUCAACCUGGAUAAACUGUGGACCUUGGUCAGUGAGCAGACACGGGUCAACACUGCCAAAAGCAAGACCAGAGCCACUCCCAUCAUUGAUGUGGUGCGAUUGGGCUACUACAAAGUUCUGGGGAAGGGAAAGUUCCCAAAACAACCUAUCAUUGUGAAGGCCAAAUUCUUCAGCAGAAGAGCUGAGAAGAUUAAGAGUUUUGAUGGGGCAUGUGUGCUGGUAGCUUGAAGCCACACAGAGGGGAAUUCAUAAAUGCUCAUAAGUGCUUUUAUCUUCUGGUCUGAAUGUAGGUUCUUUGGCACCUCUACCUGUGUAUUAGAAACCUGCAGGUUCUAGGACUUAAGGGUAUGAGGACCUGAACUCCUCUGCCAGCUCCCCUGAGAAAGAAAGUGUGCAAGAGUUAGCACCAACACUUACAGGCCUUGGUCGGUCACCUGACUUCAACUUCUCCUUUAUAAAGUGAAAAUGAUAGCUGUUGGUGGUGUGUGUGUAUAGAUAAAUACAAAAUAGUUGAAAGCC